AAGGAAGGUUCAAGAGACAUCUGAAUCGGCCUUUAGGCUUUAGCGAAUCGACGCUUGUUUUCUAGGGUUUCUUCCGUUCCGUUCUUGUGGUGGUGUUUCGCCAGGGGAGCGAUCGAGAGGAUCUCGGCGAUAUAGGGUUCCUUACCGGCGGCUAAAACGAUGUCAGGCAAGGAAGUGCGCGAAUACACCAACCUCAGCGACCCGAAAGAUCGAAAAUGGGGCAAGGGAAAGGACAAGAUCGAUGACGAAGAUAUCACGUUCCAACGGAUGGUAGCAAAGAUGCAGGAAGUUGCCGGUGAACGUGGAGGAUACCUUCAUGGGCGAGGCGGUACUUGUUUUUACUGGUUUCUAGCAGUAUGUUUUCCAAUGAUUUCAUUGAGUCUGCUAUAUCUUCAGCUUUGGACAGCGAUGACUUGCUAUACCUUAAGGAACAGAUGGAAGCUGAGGAAGAUGCUGAACGGCUUCUUCGACGGACUGAAAAACGGGCAUUUGCUGCAUUUAAAAGCUGCAAGUUUGGUGGAUUCGUCACCUGCACCUUUGCCCUUGCCACUUCGGGUUGAACCAAAGCCAAAGAGUGGAAUAAGACAGCAGGAUAUCUUGAAAAAAAUUAUCCAGGUUAUGCCAAAGAAGCAAAAGGUUUCAAGUCCUAGUUUGCUGCAAUCUGAGCAUUCCAACCAAUCCUCAUCUGGAAGAGGUUCGAUACCCGUAGACAGUGAGGGAAAACUGGAAAAGAGUCUCUCUCCUUCAAGGCCAUCAGAAGUUCAUAAAAUUUCAUGUUCAGUUGUCACCAACUCACCACAGCGAGAGCAAGAACAGGAGGUAGAUGCAAGGCCAGAGACUACUGUCAAAAGUUUGCUUGGAUUAGCAUAUGAAAGCUCUGACGAGGAAUGAGCAAGCCGGAGAGAUCAAAUGUGUUUUUGGAUUCACUUCCAAUUCAACUGUUUCGUUUUUAAAAUUUAAAUUUAGAUCUUCUUGGUCUGUCAUACAGAUUUUGAGUGUUUGAGCAAUUUGUUGGUAGUAGGCAUUGCAAGAUGAGUAAAUGUGCUGUAUCGUAACUGGGCACAGCGAUUUGUCGGUUAGUGAGAUUUUCAUAUUGUGCGGUGGC